GCUCUGCCUGACAUAGCGCCGGACAGACAGUAUGAGUGCGAGAAUCUCAUUGGUGUUGUUAGUUGUUUGCUGCUUCAGCGGAAUUCUGUCAAGCGAUCUGAAGCCACCAUGUGAAGCUACCGACAUGACGUGUCUCGAGAAGGUCGUCGUCGCAACUCGGGCAAGACUGUUGCGUGGAAUUCCAGAACUUGACAUAAAGCCGUCCGACCCGUUGUUCCUCGAACAAAUCAACGGCGACCUCCCGCUCUUGAAAUACAAGUUCUUUAACACUACCCUCAGCGGGUAUAACGACUGCGUGUUAUCGAAUUUAAAAAUACUUAGAAAUCUCACGAGCUUACAGUACGACCUGGACUGCCCGCAGUUACGUGUGAAAGGUGAUUAUGAGAUGAAAGGUGAACUGGUGUCAUCGCCGGUGGAGGGAAGUGGAAGUUUCGAGAUAAUUACUGGAAGAUAUUUCGUACACGUGGACUACACAUUGAGUAAAUAUCAAGGAGACGACGGAGAAGUUUAUUUAUUUGGGGAAAACCUUGAACUAGUUUGUGUGCCGGAAACCAGCGUCAAAUUCAAUUUUGAAAAUCUGUCGGACGCCGCGCAGCAGCUCGCUCGCGACCACUGGCGGGAGGUCACGGAGUACAUUCAAGACCCGAUCUGGUACGCGUGCAUAAAGGCGUACAUCGUGAAAAUGAACAAGAUGCUGUCUACUGUACCGUUUAAAAAAUUUGUAGUUUUCAAUAAAUAGUACACUUUACCGUUA